UGCCAUAACGAAGAAAUAUUCGAAGAUUAAUCUUCUCUAAAUUGUUUUGAUGUUAUUAUAAAUAAAACGUAAAACUAUGUGAAACAAACAGAAUUCCUGAAUUAAUUCUUUUGCAUUGUGUUGUGUAUGGAACACCCUAUGUAUGAGCGGUGAUGAUUGUCAUCGCUCCUGACGUGACGCAACCUGGAUGCCGUCCGGAUGCACCCCGACCUGGCUUCAACUAAAAGAGCUCUAGAUCUAUCAGCAUCGUUGGCUCGUGAUCUUCCACUCUUUUACUCUCCUCAUUAUUACAUUCUUUUCAAUAAAGUGAAUUCAAUACGCAACAUUUUUGGUGUCAGAAGUGGGAUCCUAACAAAAGGCGAUCCAGUAAAAGUGCGAUUAGGAAUCUGAUCCACAGAAUUGCAAAACUGCGUAUUGCGUGAAUGAGAGAGACAAAAUGGCUCCCAUCGACAAUGAAACAAUGGCAACACUUUCAAGCAUGAUUGCGCGAGCCUUGCAAUCCGCAAUUGGCACUGCUGUUGGCCAGGCCAGAGAAGACGUCGCAGCUUCGUCCCAGCAAAAACUACCGCCAUUUUCUCACGAGCCAUACCAACGAACUGAAGGGAUGUCUGUCGCUGAUUAUUUCGACCGGCUUGAAUGGGCGCUCCAAGUCAACAACAUUCCCAAGGAAAAAUACGCCGACAACGCACGUGUACACAUGAGGUCAGAGCUUAAUAACGCCUUUAAGUUCUUGAUAACGCCCAAGAAUCCAGAAGAAAUUCCAUACGAAGAACUUCGCCAAAUUCUACAGCGGCACUUCGACCAAGCGAAAAACAAGUUCGUGGAAAGUAUCAAGUUCCGGAACAUUCGACAACAGAAAGGAGAGACAAUUGCCCAGUUUGUAUUGCGGCUUAAACAAGGUGCUGCCUCCUGCGAAUAUGGAACUUUUCUUGACCGAAUGUUAAUCGAACAAAUGCUUCAUGGUUUCGAUGAACGCGCAAUUUGUGAUACAAUUGUUGCAAAGAACCCUACGACUUUCAAAGAAGCUUUCGACAUCGCCAUCGCUAUGGAAGCCACACACAACACGGCUCGACAAGUAGGCACUGUUUUACCCGUAUCAGAAACAACACACCGGCUUGGGUUUGAAAAACCGCGCACAAAACAACAACAACGCCGUAUAGCACCUGCUAACCGUAACCAGCAGACGAGCAGUGAAUCAUCCGAUCGACCACCGAACACAUUCUACGAGAGCGGCACACAACGUACAAAUUCCUGUAAUGGGUGUGGAGGACAACACUUGCGAAGCCAAUGCCGUUUUCGCACCGCUAAAUGCAACAAAUGCAAUCGUAAGGGCCAUAUUGCAAAGGUAUGUAGAUCUGAACGGAAACUUUUACCAACUGCACAGGUUCAGUCGCAGCAGAACUCCGAUAUCGACGUGGUACAAUCGCUACAUUGUAUCAACAAUAUGCCGUCCGUGAACAAGAAAAUGCUUAACGUGAAGAUCAACGGUUUUCCCCUGACGAUGGAAUUGGACACCGGAGCACCAUGCGGCAUAAUCAGCGAAACCACAUUAAGUAAAAUACUGCCGAAACAACCGCUGCAACCGUCAGACCGCCAAUUUUCGAGUUACACAGGACAUCGUAUCAACUGCAUUGAUCGCCUGUUCGUCCAAGUUUCACUUGGAACCACAUCUAACAAUCUUUUCUUAUAUGUUGUAGAGGGGAAGUAUGACUCGCUUUUCGGACGCGAUUGGAUAGCACAGUUCACAAAUGAGAUCAAUUUUCGUGAACUAUUUACUUCAACUGUACCAGUAAACGUACUCUCAAGCAUCGAACGAACUCGGGAACAAGCAGCUCAACUGUCGAAACUGCUCGAAGACUUGAACAAUAUCUUUAGCGACGUUCCAGGUAUGCUUGUAGGGCCACCAACGAAGGAACACUUAAAACCCGAUACCACUCCGAUUUUCGCUCGAGCACGAGAUGUACCACUCGCUCUUCGAGAACGCUACGCAUCAGAGAUCGACAAGAAACUUGCUUCCGGAUUCUACGAAAAAGUUGAAGUUUCAGAAUGGGCUUCACCGACCCAAAUCGUCAUUAAAAAGAACGGAGGUAUUCGGAUAACCGGGAACUACAAACCGACUGUAAAUGCCAAAAUGAUUAUCGACGAACACCCAAUACCAAAAAUCGAAGACAUCUUCAACAAAAUGAAAGGAGCUGCCCUGUUUUGCCACCUCGACGUAACGGAUGCUUACACGCACCUUCCAAUCGACGAAGACUUCCGGCAUAUUUUGACGCUAAACACAUCGACACAUGGACUGAUCCGUCCCAAGAGAGCGGUGUAUGGUGCUGCAAACAUACCAGCUAUUUGGCUGCGACGUAUGGAGACAAUCCUUCAAGGUUUGACCAAUGUUGUCAGUUUUUUUGAUGACGUCAUUGUAUUUGCGAAAGACUUCGAAGAGAUGCUAGCAGCGCUGAACGAGACAUUGGAGCAAAUGCGACGAAACGGUCUUCGACUAAAUCGUUCCAAAUGCAUCUUUGCGACAUCAUCCCUCGAAUGCUUGGGUCAUCGCAUCGAUCGUCACUGCCUGCAUAAAUCAGACAAACACAUAAAAGCCAUACGCGACGCUCCAACACCAACUACACCAGAGGAGCUACAAUUAUUUCUUGAUAAGGCAACUUAUUAUACCUCAUUAAUACCCAAUCUCUCUUGUAGGGCACGUCCUCUUCGAGAUGUACUGCUUACCGAUCCUUUUGAGUGGACACAAGCAGCAGAGAAGGCCUACCAAGACAUAAAAGUUGCGCUAAUUUCACCACAAGUGCUGAUGCAGUACGAUCCAUCGUUACCACUGAUUCUCGCAACAGACGCUAGCAAAGCCGGUCUCGGCGCUGUUCUCUCACAUCGAUUGAGCAAUGGAUCAGAACGACCGAUCGCGUAUGCCAGUUGUACAAUGUCGCAAACUGAACAACGAUACCCUAUGAUUGAUAAGGAGGCUCUUGCGAUAGUGUGGGCAGUGAAAAAGUUUUUCCAUUACCUCUAUGCGCGAAAAUUCACUCUAAUCACUGAUCAUAAGCCCCUUACUCAAAUACUGCACCCAGAAAAGUCGUUGCCUACUUUGUGCAUUAGUCGAAUGGCCAACUACGCCGACUAUCUGGCACAUUUCAAUUUCGAUAUUGUCUACAGGCCCACAAACCAGAAUACAAACGCCGAUUACUGCUCCAGAAUCCCAAAUGCGCCAACAGAAAAUCAGAGCAAUAGACAAUUUUCACACGAGGGAGGAAAUAUGGAUGAUGAAUUCGAUCAUUUUAUUCUCAAACAGAUUCAGCAACUCCCAAUUAGAGCAGAACACAUUGCACGUGAAACGCGCAAAGACAUCCAACUAGGCAAAAUAAUCCAAGAUCUUGAACACGGUAGAGACCUCGCGAGAAUGCGUUAUAAAGCACCCGAGGCAAAAUAUACCCUAACAGCGAACUGCCUGAUGUUCGAGCAUCGCGUCGUAAUUCCGGCUUCCCUGCGCAAAGCCAUAAUGAACGAUUUACAUGCAGCUCACAUUGGAAUCGUCAAAAUGAAAGGGUUGGCACGAUCAUAUGUCUAUUGGCCCGGAAUUGAUUCCGAAAUCGAACAAACAGCUAAAUCUUGCACAGAAUGUGCACGACAAGCCACAAGUCCACCAAAAUUCAACAAACACCAUUGGGAAUACCCUAACUCACCUUGUGAACGCAUACAUAUCGACUAUGCAAGUCCCGUGGCAGGCGCUAUGCUAUUAGUAGUUGUGGAUGCAUACAGCAAAUGGUUCGAGGUAAAGGUAACCACAUCUACUACAACAAACGCAACGAUCAGUUUACUGGAUGAACUAUUCGCAGCUUAUGGAGCACCAGUAACGGUAGUCUCCGACAACGGUCCACAAUUUGCAUCAGCCGAUUUCACGUCUCACCUCAAAAACACAGGCGUUAAGUACCAUAAGCUUACAGCCCCCUACCAUCCGGCUACAAACGGCCAAGCAGAACGGUAUGUUCAAACCGUAAAAAAGGCGUUGACAGCUAUAGGUACAACAAAAGACACUUUGCAAAAGAAUCUUAACACGUUUCUGCUACAAUACCGAAAGGCUCCUCACACCGAAACAGGCAGUCCGCCAGCAAAGUUGUUCUUAGGUCGAAACAUUCGCACGCGCAUUGAUCUUGUGCGACCACAAGAUAUCAACACACGGAUGCAUCAGAAGCAACAAUCCACAUUCGAACCGACUUUCCGUACAUUCUCAGUUUGACAGAAAGUGUACUGUCUUUCUGGAAACCCACGAACGGACAAAUGGAUUGUAGGAGUCAUCGAAGCCUGCUUGGGUGAUCUUCAUUAUCAAAUCAGAUCUAACGGAAAGAUGCUUAAGCGACAUGUCGACCAGAUUCGAAGCUUCCAAGGCAACGUCAGCUUCGAAAAGACCGAUGAAGACGUACCUCGUCGACUGGACUUCUAUGCGAACACUGAGACGCAGCAACCACCAAUCAAUAAUGAAGCCAACGAAACAGCAACGUCUUCAGAUGAGUCCAUUUCAUCAGAUAUUGUGUUUGGAACACCUAUGAGCAGCCCGCAACAAUUAACCUCAUCGUCAAGCGAAGACUCACCACCAGUAGCCCGCAGGUCCCAAAGACAACGUCGCCCUCCUCUACGCUACUCGCCAUCCUAGAGUGAACCAGGAUCUUCAUACAAGAGGGAGGAAAUGUUGUACAGGCGGUCCCCGAGAUACACGGUACCUCUUAUACGCGGAUUCGGAGAUACGCGGUUUUCUAAAUUUGACAAUUCUUUGAGCAAAUUGUACUGAUUUGACACAUCAAUUGCAAAUUGCCAAAUAAUUUCCGUUUUGAUCGAAUGUUAAAAACUUUUUCAAAAGGUUUAACAUUGUUAUAUUCAGUCAGAAUCAUAUCAAAUAAUUCAUAAAGUGACUAAAACCGCCCCCUACUUGCAAAAUUACUCGAAUAUUAGUGAUAUUUUAGCUGGAAAUCACGAGAUUCGACUUACGCGGAAAUUCGAGAUACGCGGUAUUUUGCGGCCGUUUUCGGUCCCCAAUAACCGUGUAUCUCGGGGACCGCCUGUAUAUGGAACACCCUAUGUAUGAGCGGUGAUGAUUGUCAUCGCUCCUGACGUGACGCAACCUGGAUGCCGUCCGGAUGCACCCCGACCUGGCUUCAACUAAAAGAGCUCUAGAUCUAUCAGCAUCGUUAGCUCGUGAACUUCCACUCUUUUAUUCUCCUCAUUAUUACAUUCUUUUCAAUAAAGUGAAUUCAAUACGCAACACAUUGUAUACCCGCUGUAAAUUUUGUUAGGCAAUUAUUCUACAAUUAUUAAAAUAUGAAAAUAACGAAAAUAUAACAAUAGACAAUAAUUUGUGACCAUGAGACAAAAAUUGGUACCUUCGAGAAAAAAAUUGAUGCGCACUGUCAAAAAUUGACGCCUUCGAGACAAAAAUUGAUGCACACUGUCGAAAAUUGGUGACCUCGAGCCAAAAUUUGACGGCACCGGCUGUAACAGAAGGCUAUCUGACUAGGCCUUUCCGUUGUAAGGGCGGUGGCAACGCUCAUCGGAUGCGAUUUUAUCGGACGAGAUUUAUAUGGGAUUUGACAGAUAACGUCGGACGUGCGAUUUCGUCGUCCGACGUUAUCUGUCAAAUCCCAUAUAAAUCUCAUCCGAUAAAAUCGCAUCCGAUGAGCGUUGCCACCGCCCUACGUUCGUAGGCUGAAAUUUCAGCCUGUCAGCUGUUUGCAUUGUCCCCGUGGACAAUUCGAGCAGUUUUUCUCCGGUUCCUCAACCCUCUCUGCCCCACUUCGCCCAUGUAUCUUGAAUUGCUUGCAAGAUUUCAUAUUGCCAUCACUUUUUAACACACGGAUGAGAUUUUCUGCUUGGGUACCAACAACGAUUUUCAAUCCAUAUCAUGAGGUAUAAACACAGCUACCAUGUAUAUACACAGUGGCUUACAAAUGUAUGCAUGUAUUGGUUGACAUUGCAAGUGCGUCGGCGAAGGAUUGACAAGUGUAAAGGAGCCAGUGUUUGAAAAACAAAGCAGAAGUGUAUUAAUCUAUAUUUUGUGCAGUUUUAGAUCCAGAUUAUUUACGAGAGUACCAUCAGCAAUAGCUUCAAGAUCAUCCCAAUAUCAGAAGCGUCGUCGCUUUAUGGAAGAAGUGGAGAGAGAAAUAGACAAUGAGAUCAAUAAUAUGGAGACUUCCUCACCUGUCAUGGUUCCGGCAUCGACGAGCAGGAUGUUCAGUAAGUAACUAAUACUGUGUUUUUUAGAGUACUAUUAUACAUGGAAAACGGAAUUUUGUCACAGUAUAUUGCCAAUUGGUAAUCAGCAGCUACGUUGAUUCAUAUUCCGAUAGCAAUUUUAGGUUUUGCACCGCCAUCGUUUCUGCAUCGGUUCUGCACCGCCACCCACAAUGGCAACAUGACGUUUUUUAUGUUUAACCUUACUUAGGAAAUCACGUCGUCGUUUUCUGGUUGGCAUUGUGAAUCCAAAAAAUAAGUUUAUUUUUGCUUUUUAAAUUGUUUUUAGUAAAAACAGACAGCCACUUGAAUUAGCCAAACAUCCAUCGUGGGAGACAUGAUGAUGUUUUGUUCUUUAACGAUACAUUAGUAGGACUUUCUUCCUUGCAGCAAAGCAACUUCCGAAGGCUACGUUGCUGUCUACUUCAAACUAGACCGCUGCGGGUACCUCGGCAGCGCUGAGACCAACAUCCGUGGCCACUGCAGCUUGCUUCUCAUUCUCAGCUUGCGUUCGGACGCGCCGAACAGUUUCAGGUUGCGUCUCUAAGAUGGCCAUCUCCUCUUCGUAUUACUCAAUGAUCUGCGACGCCAGGGCAACUCGUUCAUUGUCUCAUGCUCCCUGUAGUUAAACCGUGAUCCGCCUAGAAGCUUCGUAGAUAAGGCUCCAGCUCUCGACCUCGCGACAGGUGAGGUUGGAGGGUGUCCGUCGAAUCGAACCUGAUCAACCAUGACCGACACGCUUCUGGAUUUUGCAGCAAAGCGCGGGCACUCCAACAACACGUGUUCCUCGUCCUCCGAAACGCCGAUGAACCACUGAGAGUCCGGGGACGGUCGUGAAUCCUUUGCUAAUAAGCAUUCUCGUAAAAAAAAUCUGUCCUGACCUGUUUAAGCCUGUGCCUGGGCCAGAUGGAAGGUCGUGUCUCCGUGUUAAUGCCAGUCGCUGACGGAAGACGAAUUGCAUAGUACUGAUAGCAACUUAGGUGGGAAUGUAGAGUGUAGCUUUAGCAUAGAUGUAGAUACUAACAAUACUAACAAUGACAGCGCUGCAACUGUUGACGAAAAUAAUUUGGAUGAUAUAGAAGAUGAACAGGAAGAAUGUGCUGAAGAUUUUUAUGAUGCUUAUAACUAUUUGAAUGAUUUUCAAAGUUUAAAAGAAGCUUUGAGAUAUUUGGCAAUAAUGGGUCAUCUUUCUCGCAACUUUCUCAACUUGCUUCUUGCAAUUUUAAGAAAAUUUGGUCAUCCUGAACUUCCUAAAGAUGGUCGUACUUUACUAAAAAUUCCUAAAGUUAGCCAAGAGAUUCAGCAUAUAGCAGGUGGACAAAUGUGGUACUCAGGGAUAGAAGUUGGCCUUCGAAAUUAUUUUAGGAAUCAUGUUCGAGAGGAAAAUAAGUUUUCGUUACAUAUUUUUAUUGAUGGGCUUCCUCUCUUCAAAAGUAGUGCUACACAAUUUUGGCCAAUUCUUUUUAAAGUAAAAGAAAUUCCCGAUUGCCCGGUAAUGAUCGCAGGUGUAUUUUGUGGUCAGAAAAAACCUACCGACUUAGAGCCUUAUUUGCGACAGCUCGUAGAUGAAUUAAACACUUUGCAAGUAAUAGGCAUGCUGUUUGGAGAGAAAGUUGUAAAUUUUUUUGCCAAGGCUUUUGCCACCGAUACCCCUGCGCGGGCCUUUAUAAAAUCGGUAAUGUACUUUCCGGCAAAACAUGGGUGCACGAAGUGUACUCUCGUUGGAGAGUUUGUAAAACCGGAGCGCAAAGUAAUAUUUUGUUCACCACAACCUGCUCCACCACGUACAGAUGAAAGUUUUCGACAAAGACACGAUAGAGAGCAUCAUAAACAAAUUCGAUCUCCUUUAGAAGAGAUUGGUGGAUUAGAUAUGAUCAAAAGUUUUCCCACUUCUGAUCGACUUCAUCUUAUCGAUAUUGGCAACACUCGUAAAAUUUUGUACGGCCUUUUUCAUCAUAAAUUUCUAAGUUUUGUAAUAUGGUCUAGUGAACACAAGAAAAAUGCCUCUCACUUUUUGAUGAAAACGAAACUACCUUCUGAAAUACAUCGACCAUUUCGAUUCGAGGGUAUAUCAUAAUAAAAGUAUACACUAGUUUUCAUUACAGAGUUAGCAGGGAAAGAAAUUUGUUUAAUCUACAGGAAACUUCAUUGUAGUUUUUUAUUGAACAGAUCAGCACGAAUUGUCGCAUGUACAUUCAUUUAAUAAUAAUUGUAAAAGUUAGUGAAAAACACCAAGAGAUUCAUUUCAUGUUUGUUUAUACUUUUUUAUGUAAACACAAUUAUUUUUAGUAAUUUGGACUUAUUACUAUGUUUAACGACAAUGCCAAUCUUUAAAACAAAUUAUCCAAUCAACCUGUUAUCCAGUAAGUAGUGUAACAUCCACGACAGCUAUAACUAAAAUAUUAGAACAGUUGAUUGAUCGUAUGGUAUCUUUUGAUCAUUCCGUACAAACACUAAUCUCCAACAUCUAUUUUUUUUCUAAUACUGCUCAACGUGUUACGCAUCCCAUACGAGGAUACAUCGAGGAAAAGUUAUCCCCUUACGUGACACGACACGACGUGACUGCGCUUAAUAUGGCAUUUCUUCCAGUCUUAACAGUUCCGCUUGUUUUUUAAAUAAGAAGUAAGUUAACAUUUAUUGUUUCAUUUCUUCAUUUCUUUAUUGAUACAUUUCAAUUACUAUUGUGUAGGAUUGCGCCCUACACUAGAUUACCUUAAACUCGCGAUUCGAGUUUCAAAGGGAGCAAAAAUCAGCACGAUACCAAAUACACCUGAGAGCGCUGACAAGUGUCAAGUAAGAGCUACCCGCCAAGGACUCUGUACAAGAUUUGCCAGCUGGGUGAUUUGAAGAUAUAGAACAAUAAAUUCUGACUCCACAAUCUGUGCUGUUAACUGAAUUCUGCAUGUAUUUCUUGGGGUAGUUAUUACAAAGUGCUGUGUUCCGUUAGCGAUGUUUACCUUUUGGGGUUUGUACGCUGGCUUAAUUUCCCCUCUUUCCGUUAACAUACAAAUGUUUCCUUAUGAUUAGCCAAUACACCACCCUUUGACCCCAUAGUUUGCAUAAUUAACUAUGUAGAUGGCGCUACUGUGAAGUGUGGAAUAGUUGUGUUAAGGCCUCGAGAUGGCGCUGCUCUUGGUUUUACGGCUUACUUCGCGUAUACAACAAAUUGCCUACAUUUUGGCGCAUUUAAAUCCUAAACAACUAUAUUCAGUAAUAAUGCAAUCUUAUCACUUUUUUACAGCUCUUUGGAACAUUGCUCAUAGAAAGGAUUUAUUUCGUAAUUCUGUAUAAUGCAUUUACACAACUCUAAUAACUUCUCCUCCAGAGCAUUCAUCUCCUCAAUGGUCUCUACAGUGCAAAAGUUUGGCGAAGGGGUUUUAUCCGUGGGGCUCAAGCAGGUGUUUUGAUUCGCCAACAGUUGUUGCAUCAUCCCGGUCAGAACAUCGAGCUUGUUGUUCAUCACAUCGUUCUGGACCUUUAGCUGAGCUACCAUUCGGCGUAACAUCAUGCAUUCUUUUGCCAAAUCAGUUGGUACUGGCACGUUGUUGUUUUUGUCCUCCAUCUAAAAAAGUUCGUUUUAUAUAGUUUCAUAGAGUAUUUAAACGUUUCCUAUGAGUAUUGUUUUACCUUGUGUAUGCAAAUCUAUAUCGACCAGUUAAGCUUUUUUUGUCAAACAAUGAGAAGCUCUACACGAAGUGAAACUAGUGAACAAUACAAUCUCUUAAAUUCUUUGAAUUCAAACGUGACAUUUCAUUUGGCGCCGAAAGAAAAUUGAUAUCACAACUACAUACAUAAAUACCCUCGUACCUCACCAAUACAUGUAUAUCAAGGUCGGCGCGCGUACACUCACACACUCGCAAAAGCCUGUUCUCAUAUCCCCUAAUUUUACCCUCAGUCCGAACAAAAACGUCCUCAUUUUUUCAUAUCCCAGGGUUCGGUGACACAAAAUUAGGGAGUUGUAUGCAAUUUCGAGCACUUGUUUGUCGAGUGGGGUAUAGCAGUUUUCGAGCAGCUAUCUAAGUGAUUAUACAGUCGUUGCCACCUAAUUUUGGCUCUAAGGCAUCAAUUUUUGACAGUGCGCAUCAAUUUUUGCCUGUAAGGCAUCAAUUUUCGACAGUGCGCAUCAAUUUUUGACUCUAACGCGCCUAUUUUUGUCUGUAAGUCAUCAAUUUUUGACUCUUGUAGGAAUCACGACAAUUUUACAAGGUAUUUAAGCAGAUUUUGAACAAUUGUUAUCCCACAUCUCAUUAAAAAUACAAAAACUGUAUAAAUUGAUUGUUUCUUGCGAAAAAAUGAUGAAAUUUUAGAAAUUUUAAAGCUUUUGUUUACAGCUGAAAAUACAUGCCAAAUAUUUUUCACUCCAUUAAAUCAUCCAAAAUUGGCAAAACAUUUGUUUUAUUUUAAAUUCUAUCAAUAAAAUUAUUCACUACUUAACUUAAUCAACCAUUUCAGAACACACAGUUUCAGAAAUUGCGUCAAAUUUUGUAAAUAAAGCAAUUGACUCACAGUCAAAAACUGAUGCCUUCGAGUCAAAAAUUGAUGCGCACUGUCAAAAAUUGAUACCUUCGAGGCAAAAAUCGUGACACGUGCCUUUGAGACAAAAAUAGGUUAGUUAGAGUCAAAAUUUAGCGGCAACGACUGUAAUAUACAGGUGGGCUUAUCCCAAGAUGUAUGAAUUUUGAAGGCUGAUUUUUAUCGCUGCUGCUUCUGAAUGAGAAUUUUAAGAGUGUUUUGAAUAUUCGUCAAGCCUAAAAAAAAUUGUUUGAACAAAACUUUUCACCAAUCCUGCCAAAAGUGAUAUUCAAGUUUGGUUAUAAAAAACAUGCUAUGAGACCAUCUGGACCAUCUGGAGCCAUGCAAAAACUGACUAGAAUCGUGAAGGGCCCCAGAGAUAGAUAAAAACAGUGAAUUUAUGAGUUGUGCAGAAUACUAUUUCACAUCUUCUUUUUUUAAUUUUUAUUAACACAUUUUUGCACGACUUAUGACGAAAAAACAAAUUUAUGGUCAUACCACGACUAUAAAGACACUUCGAACAACAGGUUUUAUGUGCUAAGUAACGCAUUUAAAAAUCGUUCAAAACUAUAAAGAUCAUAUUCUACAACGGUUUUGAAGAAAUACAUUUUUGAACGAUUUUAAAAAAAUGUUUUUAAACUUAUUUUUAAGGUUUUAUAAGUUUUAUAAGAGUAAUUAUCAAAAUAUAUUUUUAAUAUAAAAAAAUUUCACAAAAAAAAUUCGGCAGAAAUGAUUGUUUUGAAAUUGCCAUGAGAACCUUUCCAAUUUUUCAAACAUCGGUUCAAAAUUGAUUCGAUCAAACAAAAGCGACACAAAAAGCUCAACAACGAUUUUUUAGCAGAAUCUAAAUAUUUGCUGCUGUUACAUACAUAGUUAAGCCGGUCUCGUAGUAUAGUCGUCAACUCGUACGACUUAACAACAUGCCCGUCAUGGGUUCAAUCCCCAAAUGGACCGUGCCGCAAUACGUAGGACUGACUAUCCUGCUAUGGGAGGGAAUCAGUUAGUCACUGAAAGCCAAGCCCACAAGUGGUUACAGGCAGGCCUUGACCGACAUCGGUUGUUGAGCCAAAGAAGAAGAAGAAGAAGAAGUUAAGUAAUGUAAUCCUAGUCUGAUAUUUUUUUUCCUCCCACCACCCACUUCACCAUCGAUGUUCUCUUAGACCGCUACAAAGACGCCGGUAGCCUCCGAUUGUAGAGUUUAGUCGUGAAUUCGUUAGGUAGUUUAUGAGCCUAAAUAAGGACUGGCUGAAUUAGUGAUGUGGUAUUUACAUGUAUUAGAUAAGUAUUUGUAAUUCCGGAAAGAAUAUGUGCAAAGAGUAAUACUCUAGGCCCAUUGCAAUUGAAAAUCGUGUUCAUCUGCAAUUCCUCCAAAAAAAUUAGGGGCGCCUUUGCAGCGGUCUAAUACGGACGUCACACGAAGCGUAAACUCAAAAAUUUUACGCUUGAUUUGUAUGGGAGAGCGUAAACUUCCUGUCAAAAGAUUAUAGGGUUGUAUGGCUAAAACCCAGUUUACGCCAAAGUUUACGCUUCGUGUGACGUCCGUAUAAGAAAAAAUCGAUGGUGACGUGGGUGGUGGGAGGAAAAAAAUGUCGGACUAGGAUUACAUUCCUCAACUAUGUAUGUAACAACAGCAAAUAUUUAGAUAUUUAGGCAAUUUCAAAAUAAUUUUGAAAAACUUGUUACAUACUUUGAUUUGCAUUUUCAAAACAAUCAUUACAGGCGAAAAAAAAUGUUUUUGUGAUUUUUUUUAUAUUCAAAAAAUAUAUUUUGAUAAUUACUCUUAUAAAACUUAUAAAACUUUAAAAGGUUAUAAAAACACUUUUUAAAAAUCGUUCAAAAAUAUAUCACUUUAAAACUUUUGCAGAACGUUUUAUUUAUAUUUUUGAACGAUUUUUAACGAUUUUUUUAGUUAGCAUAUAAAACCUGUUCUUCGAAGUGUCUUUAUUAGGUGUCUUUUUUGGGCACAAUCAGAAAUUUGUUUUUUCAUCAUAAGUCGUAUAAAAACGUGUUGAAAAUGUAAAAAAAAAUUAGAAGAUGUGAAAUAGUAUUCCGCACCACUCAUAUAUUCACUGUUUUUAUCUACAGUAUCGGACAAUACAGUCGUUGCCUCUAAAUUUUGACUCUAACUCACCUAUUUUUGUCUCAAAGUGUGUGUGUGUGUGUGUGUGUGUGUGUGUGUGUGUGUGUGUGUGUGUCUGUGUGAGUGUGGUAGUAGAAAUAGAGUGUACAGGCGUCCCCCGAGUUACGACCCCCUCGAGUUACGACGAUUCGCAGAUACGACGAUUUUGAUUUUGACAGUUAAAAGUUGUCAUUGACAAGAAAUUUAUGUAUUUUUCUGAAUAUUUGGGCUGAUAACCGUUAUACAUACAUUUCCAAAGAUUUCACAACUACCCUAUCUUGAAUAUCUUUAUUUUGUAUGGUUUCUUUAAAAUAAUUAUUACAUUAUCGAACAUUAUUUUAAAUAAAAUACGCGAUAUCAUUUAUUCCAACUCUUCCAUUUCGGUUAUAAACUUUAUAUUCAUAGAUAUUCGACAUACGACUUUUUCGACUUACGCCUUGCUUUGGGACAUUUUUUCGGUCCCAAAUACAGUCGUAUCUCGGGGGACACCUGUACUUUUUAAUGUGUAUUUGCGAGUGCGCGGGUUUGUGUCUGAAAAACGUAGCUUGCCAUGAUGUCAUAUUGCGUUGAAAGUAUUGCGUUCUGAUGAUGUGUGUUAUCAUGUGAAACAGCGUGCAAUCACACUUGGAUAAAAGCUAAAGUUUGCAUCGACAGCAGCGCUUGUUCCUCGGACGAAAACGCAGGUGUGCUGUUUCAUGAAUUUGAUUGCGACAGCGCUGCGAAAUGGAAACGCGCACAACAGCAAUGAACUCGGCAUUCCCUUACAGGUGUUUCUCCAGUGCACGUCAUUUAAAGGCCUGCAUGCAUCUCUGCGUUGAACGUUGUGUUCGCAUGUUAAACUUUGUGCGUGCAUUGAGCUGGCGCGCAGUUGUUCUUUUAAAUGGGCGUUUUGUUUCAUGAGCGCGGCAGUAUUCGGUUCUCGAUUUAAAUGGGUAGACACUCACUCGCUUACUCAUUGAUAGUUUUUAUCCAUACGCUUUUUUCGCUGCUCUACAACGAUGUAAUUCUUCAAGUAUAGAAGCAGAACGCAGGCAGAGCACGGGAUCAGCCGUGUCCAACUUUUUAACCAGCGCGUUCUUGACGGUCCAAGCAAGCAAUUUUUGUUCCAAUGGGUCGAGGUAAACAUUGUACCGAUUAUCAGCGCCAUAUCAUAAAGCGAAUGGCGGCUGCUGGCAUUAAGCGCAAAACGAUCGAGUUCGUAAUGGAACAAUCGCGCAUUUUUGUGGCAAACGCGCUUCGGACAACCGAAACGUGCUUGGACAACCGAAACGCGCUUGGACAACCGAAACGCGCAAGUCAACCGGACGUCCUCAGAAGACCACGGCGAAAGAAGACCGUAAAAUUGUUAAUAUAUCGAAAAAACACUGAUCGCGAGGGCGGUGGUCCUGCUUAUAACAUCAAAAACCCAACCCAAAACACAAAAAAACUACUAACAAAUCUAUCCAGAACGACAUACUUGUGACACAAACACACACCAAUACACACACACACACACACACACACACACACACACACACACACACACACACACACACACACACACACACACACACACACACACACACACA